AUGCAAGAACCUUCAGAAGGAUCCUCCUCUAACAGGGCGAAGGAAUACGGUAAGGAGACAGAUGAAUAUGAAAAUCUGGAUAAGGAUCGGCCCGGGGACCAGAAUGAAACGUAUUUUGAACCAAUUCGACAGGCGAAAACGAGAAAUGAGGAUCGACCCUUGAGCCUAGAGAUACAGGCCUCCCUUUCACUCAGCCAACGGUCGUUUAGCGCGGCGAGUACAAGGGGCUCCCGUUCAAUGAGUCGAGUCUAUUCGCUGUCAGACGGAUAUUCCCAUCCUGCCGUUCAAAACGAUAGGCUUCAGGAUCCUGAGGAGGAAGAUAAGGAGGACCAACUGCCGACCGACCCCGAAAGUGAAUAUAUCGUGAACUGGGAUGGACACGAUGACCCCGGGAAUCCGCGGAACAGGAGUAUGGGGAGGAAAUGGCUCGUCGUGUUUGUGAUGUCUUUUGGCUCCAUCUGUGUGACCUGCACCUCUUCGAUUUUCGCCAUGACGUAUGCGCAAAUAAUGGACGAAUUUCAGAGCUCGCGAAUUGUUACCACCCUUGGGCUGUCCUUUUUUAUCUUAGGGCUUGGGCUCGGACCACUUGUUUUGGCACCUUUAUCAGAGGUCACCCAAAAUAUCCAGACUCUGCUCAUCGCGAGGCUUUUGACCGGAAUUUCAGGAAGUGCUUUCCUGAGCGUGGCGGGGGCCACCAUUGGCGAUAUGUUUGCUCGUCAUGAGCUUGGUGCGCCGAUGAUGAUCUACACUGCAAGUCCAUUAUUUGGGCCAGAGCUGGGCCUUUUGUUGGGCGGGUUUAUAUCUCAAUAUACUACGUGGCGAUGGGUAUUUUAUAUGAUGUUGAUAUGGUCAGGCUCCAUCCUAAUUUCUAUUAUUUUGAUAGUUCCCGAGACCUAUCAUCCUGUGCUGCUCCGGCGCAAAGCUAUCAGACUCAGGAGGGAAACUGGUGAUGAACGCUGGAAGGCCACCAUUGAAAUGACAGAGCGGUCCGUUCUCCAGACAAUCCUGCGCUUUGUGUACAGACCUAUGCUGCUUUUAAUACUGGAGCCCAUGUGCUUGAAUCUCUGCAUCUUUUCAGCCAUUCUGUUAGGUAUUCUUUACCUCUUCUUUGGUGCUUUCCAGCUGGUAUUCUCGACAAUCCAUGGGUUUACUGUUUCCCAGGUUGGAUUAAGUUUUCUGGGCAUUUCUAUUGGAAUGAUGUUGGCCAUCUUGAGUGACCCGCUCUGGCGGAGGAAUUACGCUCGAUUAGUUCGCAAGCGGGAGAACAUGGUUUGUGAACUGGGGGAAUUCGAACCGGAGUGGAGGCUGCCUCCAGCAAUUGCCGGUGCUCCACUUGUAUCUAUCGGCAUUUUAAUUUUUGCCUGGACGAUAUUCCGACAUGUGCACUGGAUCGUGCCAAUAAUUGGAAGCGCCGGAUUUGGUCUGGGGACUGUUCUUGUCUACUCCGGCAUUUUCACUUUCCUCGUCGAUGCAUAUCCCCUAUACGCUGCCAGUGCUCUCGCAGCAAACUGUUUUCUGCGUUGCAGUUUUGGCGCUAUCUUUCCUUUAUUUGGAAUACAGAUGUAUAAUCGACUCGGAUUUAACUGGGCUUCCACACUACUGGCCUUCUUGACCAUCGUAAUGGCUCCUUUCCCGUAA